AUGGGUAGGAUCAUGUACGUCAUCAGGGUGCACUCUGCAGAGGAGAUAGAUGAUGCGAUGGUGCUGUUAUCAGUACUGGCGCAUGUUAAAUUGGAGGUGAUAUCUCCACAUACUAUCGUACUCAGACUCGAAGGAGAUAAUCGACUCCGGAAGAAGACCAUUGAAGAGAAACUCGGGAGCCUAAAAACGAUAGAGGCUGAAGAGAAACAAUUUUCCCAGACCCCUACUCCUGUUCGGACUACCUGA